GUCGGUCUGGCAACGCUGCAACAUAUCAGCUGUUUAACCGGCCUGUUUUUCAACGAUUGUUUUCAUAACGCGCUUUUCAUUCGAAUUCAAUUAAAUUGUAUAAAUUGGCCACCAAGACUCGCUACGAGCCAUGUGGGCAAGGACACACUGCCUCUGGCGCAGUGUGGGCCGUCUGGGACGCCAAGUAUGCACCACGAGCGUUUUACAAGCGCGGAUUUUCGCGGACCGCGAGAAUCAGUUCGCCCAUGGAAUCCUAAUGGAUUCUCUGAAACCGUAUGCAAUACUGCGUCCUCGGGACUCCGCCUGGCAGGAUCUGCCCGCCUCUGAAGGCUUCAUGCUUCCACAGCCAAAUGCCAGUGCUGCCGAUCUCUAUGCGGACUUCUUGGGCCUGGUGAGGCACUGCAACCGCCUGGAACUGCAGAUCAGCGAUAGCCGGUAUGUGGACUUCACCCGCUGCUUCUGUGAGCAGCUGCAUCGCCUUACGGAUGAACAGCUCAUCGGAUCGCUUAGUGCCUUGGCCGAGCUGCCGGCACCGGAAUCGCCCAAAGCCAGGAACUACAUGGAGAUAUGGAAUACCCUGGACAUCGAGUGCUGUCGUCGCAUAGAGCGCUGGUCCAGUGAACAAUUGCUACUCGUGAGCGAUGCCUGGUAUCGUAUUGGUCUGGUCAGGAUCGGCGAGUACGUGUGGCUGGCGCUGAAGAAGCUAGGCCGCAAGCUGCGAAAACUGCCGCCAGAGCAGCUCGUCCACUCCAUGUUUCUGUGCAAUCUGCUGCGUCGACCCGUCUUCGAGAUGUUCGACUUUGAGCUGAAUCUGGCACGCUGCGUGGAUCAAAUGACCCUCUCCGAAUUGGGCGUAAUGGCCAUGGGCUUCUUUAAGACACAGACGCCCAUCAGAAAUCCGGAACUGCUGACGCAAAUCUACCAGCGGUUAGGCAGCGAACUUGACACCGUGGAAGAUAUUGUCCUGGUAGCGCUGCUUAAGGUGCUGCGAUAUAGCAGCAAGCUGCCCCAAGUGGAGCCGCUCAAACAGUUGCUAAACGCUUUGGAGUCUCAAGUGGAACGCGUCUCCCUGCUCACGUGCCUGCACAUGGCUCUUCUGGGCUGUGAACUGCAAACGUGCAAUGAUUCACUGGUGGAACGCAUCCUGCUGAGAUUCGAGCGUGAGUUGGAGACUGCCCGCCUAAAGGAUAUGGAGCGCAUUUGCCUGGUAAUGGCCCUGUUUAAUAUCACCACCAAGUCGGGCGUGGAACGCCGAUUGUCGGAAAGACUGCCCGAUAUAUUGCGCCAGCGGAUGGAGGAGAUACUGCGCCAUCCUCGCUGUCUAUCCAACUGUCUGCAGUUUCUCACAAUGCGGGGUGUUUACGAUCUUGAGCUUUUGGGCGUGGCGCUGGAGCCGCGUUUUAUAAAGCAUGCAUAUCCAAGCGGAUUGCCCGGACGCGAGUACUUCCAUCUGGACGGGUUCGCUCGCCUUCUGGGACAAGAAUACCAGGGAGCACUUGUUACCGAGAAGCAACGACAGCAGAUGGGCCGCUUGUACACGCAGUACAUACCCGAGCGGGACGGGCGCUUCAAGCUAAACAGUACCGAUCGCAUUCUAGUGGAAAUACGGGAUGCGAUUGCCCUGAUCCACCGUCCUGUGACCUUCAAGCACAUCCUGCCGCAAUACGAUCGAUGCGAUAUAGUGCUUUGCUACGACCACCGGCAACGAAAGGCGUUGUCCAUUAAUGCAGAGGCGUGUCCGGAUUACAGCGGAGAGAUUCUCACCCGGAGGCACCUAUUGGGCGAGAGCAGGUCUGCGGAUGACCAGCUGGCCACAGUGAUAAUCGUUAUUGCGGGCUGGAACAACGUAAUCCGCGACAAGGAGCGGUUCACCGGCCAAAUGGAUAUGAAGCUUCGGCAGCUGCGACAAUUGGGACAUCAGCCACUGGUGAUCUAUUGGCACGAAUGGCGCGAACUAGAAAAUGCGGCUGACCGCCAGAACUUUCUGAGACGACGCCUCAGUCAAGUGGCGAAAAUUUAGCAGGAGUUGGAAAACCAGGAGACAACGGCAAUCAUCAAAUGUCAAUGAAAUGAAAAAACGACAAUAGAUUUGAUAUUACUCAGUCAUUAGCAUUAUCUGAACAUUGUACAGGCACAACACUACGAUCUAUUAAUUAUCUAGAAAAAAAAGGAAUAAUUAUCGAAUAUUUAAUAAUGACCGCCCGCGGCCCACAACUACUAGCACAGCGUCUUGCUCCCGGAUUCCCGCAAUCGGACCGGACCGCACCGUACGUCGCGGUCCAUUUUGGAUGAUGGUAGAAGGCGUCGUCAGAGGGUGGCGCUCAGGGCUCGCUUGGUGUACUCGUAGACCACAAACAGCGUGGCCGUGGCUGGAAUGGUGCGCAGGACAGAUGGCAGCAGACCGCGAUAGAGUGCCAGGACACCUUCGCGGCGCACUAUGUCUGCUCCCACGGCGAACAUGCUCUCGUUGAGGUUCUUCACCUGGAUUCGGCUCUUGAUCACGUCAGCGGGAAACGUCGACGUCCACAGACACACACCUCCAAUGGCGCCGGCGAUCAUCGUACGCAGUGGUCCAAUGUCAUCUUUGGAUUGAUCAUCGCUGAAAACCAAAGUAAUGCCAUGUAAAUUACAAUUUAACUUUGUCCAACAACUUCCACUUGAAUAGCGUAACGAAUAUCGAUUAAUGUUCCUAACCCAUCGCCUUUGUGUUCUUGUUAGUUUGCUGUCUAGCUAGGGAUUUUGUUAAGUUAUUGUUGAACAAAUGCUGUAUAUGACUAAAUAUAGCUAUACUGCCAAAGAA